GAUACUUUGAUCUAGAUCCAGAUGAUGAACCUGGAAAAGACAAUGAAAUGAUAUACGAACACCAGAAAAACAGCAGAAGACGAGACAGUGAUAGCGAAGAUUGCCCAUACUCCAAACAAGCAAGAAACGAAGAAACCGGCAAACAGACCACGGAGAACCAUACAUACGGAACAGUAACUCAAGAACACAGAACCGCAGCCAUGGUUAAGAUCCAAAAAUAGAAAAUUAGAUGUCUGCAUAACUAGAAUAAUAACUAAGCACACAAGACUAAAUAAACACCUACAUAGAAUGAAAAUAACAAAUGACCCUUACUGUAGAUGGUGUCAUAAUCAAGAAGAAGAUAUAGAACACUUAAUCCUACACUGUCCAAGAUUCCACUCCAGCAGAACAAAAUUGAAAGAAGCCUUAAGAAAAAUCAAAGUAAUCAACCCUAACAUAAACUUAUUAUUCACAGGUGCAGAUCUCUCCCCAACAGAAAAGUUUUAUACUCUUAGACACACCAAAAUCUUUUUAAGAAAAACCAAACUAACAGAGAUCAUAUAAAAGAAAGAAUAGAAAAGAAAAAAGAUCCAGGGGAUAUAGACUAUGCAAAAGUCUAAAACCCUAUAAAAGAAGAAAGAAGAAGAAGAAGAAAAACAUCCAAUGAAGAGAACCGGUCGAGACUUUGAAGAGUGAACAUCAACGUGUAAGAGUGAUCAAUCUUUAAAAAGUACCGAACUUAGUGAAGUGAAAGCUUAUGAACGGAAACUUUGAUCUUGAUCCAGGUGAAGAACCUGGAAAAGACAAUGAAAUGAUAUACGAACACCAGAAAAACAGCAGAAGACGUGACAGUGAUAGCGAAGAUUGCCCAUACACCAAACAAGCAAGAAACGAAGAAACCGGCAAACAGACCACGGAGAACCAUACCUACGGAACAGUAACUCAAGAUCUGUAUGAUUGGGCUUGCAAAGAUAAUGAUUCCCGUGGCACAGUAGUCAACAGGACAAUGGUCAAAGUGAAGAAUCAGUCAUCUCCUCGUUUGUCAAGAUCACCAAGCAGAAAAUCAUCCCUUAGAGCUGGAAGCCUAGUUAAAGUAAAUGAACAAGAUGUGGCUCUUUUCCGUUAUGGAGAUGUUGUUUAUGCCAUCUCUGAACACUGCCCGCAUGCAGGUGGUCCGCUGCAUGUUGGUGACAUUGAAGAUGUUCCUGGGAAGUCUUUGUGCGUCAGAUGUCCAUACCAUGGUUGGAAAUUUGACCUCGAAACUGGUGAGGAAAUGAAGCCACAUAAGUUUUACAUUAAAAAAUAA